UUAUUUAUUUAUUCAUUUAUUUAUUUAGUCCAAGAAGACCGUGUCCAUUUUUUCUACAUGCUGCACAUGGGUGUUCAUACUAUAAGGUAAUAUUUAAGAAAUGUGCAGAGCAGCAAUGAAGAUGUAAUGUAACUGUGAAUGGUCUAGGGGUAAGAGAUCUGCAAAGACAGCAAUUAAAGCCACAGUGACAAAUGUCUGUCAAAUUAUUUACCUGAAGGGAAGUUGCUUCCGUUACUGUGUCAGUUUUCAGGAAUGCCCCCCAGAGCACCCCCUGAUAUACAAGCAUGCAGGCUCUGCAGUCCACAUACAGAGCUAUCAGUUCUAUUCAUUUGGUCAACACGGCCCUGCACUUCAUGCUACAGCAUCUCAACAGUGCUGGAACCUAUUCAAGUGUUCCAUUUGUGGAUUUCAGCUCAGCAACGUCAUAGCACCAGAGCUGCUGCAGAUCAAACUGCUGCUGCAGUCUGUCAUGGAUCAUGGAUUUUGUGACAAACAGGAGACAGGAAAACACACGUCGGACCUCCGGACCUGAAAUACUGGAGUUUCACAAGGUUGUGCGCCCUCACCCCUUUUCUAAAGUCUGUGCACCUACAACUGUGUCAAGGAACCAACUGUGAAGAUCUUUAAGUUGGCAGACCACAGCACUAUGGUGGGCCCCAUAGACAGCAGUGAUGAAUCGAGCAGCUGGCCUCCUGGUGCAGCAGCAACAACCUGCAUGCCUGUUUUGUUUUGCAAAAUUAGGCCUUCUCCAAAGGCCUGAAACCCCCUGAGGGUUCCCCUAUAGUGGCUUAAGGCUGCCUCACCAUGUAUACCUCUGGUUCGCAUGCUAGGGGGAGAGGGUACUGGACCUGCCAUAAAAAAGGGACCCUGCAAAAUGGCAACUUAUGUCCUUUCAUAAAAUUAAGAUUAAUACUCUCACACAAAGUUUUCAUCAUGUUUAACUUUAGAUUCCUCCCAAUGGAUGAACUGUAAACUCAAAUCCCUAACACAACUGUUCAAUCCAGUGCACUGAGCUGAGUCACUCUGGUUUAAAAGUGGGAUAAAUACACAUGCAUGUUUUUGUUUUGCAAAAUCAUUAGGCCUUCUCUAAAGGCCUGGAACAACCUGAGGGUUCCUCUUUUGUCAAGUCUUGAGUCAACAUAUGACUCAAGUCUAAGUUGCUGACUUGAGUACCCAACUCUGGAUUUAACAGAACAAUUUUUUCAUGAAAACUGUUUUUGUAAAUCUGUACGCUCAGUACUUGUGUUUGUUUCUGUGUAUAUUGUAGUGUUGGCAUAGAAGAAAAUGUGAAAAACCACAGUGUAUAGGCAAACGUUGUUUUAUUUUGAACAGGCAACAAGACAUGCCCAGACAAGGCAGAGGGUAACAGACAAGUACACAGCAUCUGUGGAAGGUGGACACUUCAACGCACUGCAAACUGACCUUCCUCAGUCACAAUUACUCCAAGCACCAGAACUACACUAAUAAUAUCAAUAACAGUAACAGCAGCAGCAGUACCUUUUAACCCAGGUGCCACUUGCAGUGCAGCCCAUGGAGGACAACAAAAUAUUAACUAUUUAGAGGAUGUGCUUUAAUAGAUUCGGGCAUGUUUCACAACGCCAGCAUGGUUCUGUUGUGUCACAUGUAAACGUAAAACACAGGAACAUGCAAGUUUUCAUCAGAAUACACAAGGAAGUCUAGCCACAGCCAGCUCCUUAAACUCUAUCAUCGCUUGUUGAUCUUUCUCCUCCAAUGGGUCCCGGUACUCUAUGGAUCUUCUUGACUUUUGAAAUGAUCAUUGCUGUAACUUGUUGUCUGGGCAAUGCGCUGGUGAUCUGGGCAGUGUGGACAUGUGGAGCCCUCAGUCAGCCCACUUUCUGCUUCAUUGUGUCCCUCGCUGUGGCUGAUUUCCUGGUGGGGUCUGUGGUCAUCCCUGUGUCUGUGCUUGUGGAUAUUGGUAUAAACACCUCUUUUCAUGGCUGCCUUUUCAUGUGUGGUGUCAUCAUAAUGCUACAAGUGGCUUCUGUCGCUUUACUCCUGGCCAUCGCAGUGGACCGCUUUCUCCGUGUGCGAAUCCCUCUGACGUAUAGGUCUACAGUCUCUAAAAAACGUUCUUGGAUCGUGGUGGCACUCUGCUGGGUCACUGCUGCGCUGCUGAGUUUUAUCUCCAUAUUUGGAUGGCACAGAUCUUUGGGUGCGGACAGCACUGAAUGCAGAUUCUUUAAUGUUAUCUCCUAUUCAUACGUAGUUUACUUCAUAUUCUUCAGCUUAUACCUUCCUCCACUGGCUAUAGUGACAGGCUUGUACUGUUACAUCUUCCUCACCACUCGAAGGCAGUUAAGAGCAAAUAUAGGUGUGGCUGCCAUGUCCAGCACAUACUACCAAAGAGAACACAGACUGGCUGCUUCACUGGUUCUGGUCUUGGUUCUGUUUGUUGUCUGUUGGCUCCCUCUGUUCCUCAUGUUUAUUGUAAGAUUAUAUGGUCAUAACAUUACAGUGCCCACUGUUGCCAUUGACAUAGGUGUCGUCCUCUCUCAUGCUAAUUCAGCAGUUAACCCCAUAGUUUAUGCGUUUAAGAUCCCCAAGAUAAAAGAGGCGUGUAAGAAGCUAUGGAGAAGAGUCUGUCAUGACAGAGAACAGCAGAGUGGCCAGCGUGAGACCCAGAAUAAUACAGACAGAAACAUGAUCUUCACAGAAAACACCGGAACAAAAUACAACAGUACAGAAAACAGAAGUGCUACACAGCCGCCGGUGUUGUAAUAACCUACUGCAACUGCUGACUUACAGUAUAUGAGACGCAAAGACUAUAGUUGCUGUUUACAAAAUUAUGAUUGACCUCUCAGCUAUCAAAGGAAAACCUUUGGCACUGUUGGAACGAUUUGUUGUUUUAUCUUAAAAAUUCAAACCCCAUUUGUGUGAAAGUUAAGGCACUUUGUAAAAUGCAAUAAAACCAUUUAGUGUGAUUUUGUGAAAUUCUUUUGAAUCUUUUUAACUGGCACAAGUACAUAGAAAUCACUUAAUGUUUUGAUUGACCAGCUUGAUUGUAAUUUGUUAAUAAAAACACAUUUUGAAUUGGGACAGGGCAAAAAGAGAGCAAAGAGUAUACAGAAUAUUGAAGUUAAACCAAACCGUUUGGAUCCUUCCACAACAAGCAGGUCAAUUGGUAACAGCUGAGUGUAUCAUGACUGGGCAUAGAAGGAGUGUCCACUAAAGGCUUGGUCUCAGCAAGCAAAGACGGACUCCAUAGAUUCCUGAGCAGCUGAGUCUUGUCAGGCAAGAAUGGGCAAAAUUUAAUGUCCUCAGUUCCAGUAAAAACUUUAAUGAAAAGAAAAGGUGAUAUUAUACAGUGGUAAACAUCUGUCUCUGGGUGUGUUGCAGACAUCCAAUUCUACAUUUUUAAGUUCUAGAACAUUGGAAAUCUUUGUACUUUUAUCAGUUAAAUAGAAUUUCAAGAGAAUUUAAAAAUGACAGAUUUGGGGGUCACAAUUUGGAAAUGUUGGAAUAGCAGUUUGGCGAACAUGCUCUCGCAGCCCAAUGGAAUAUUAAGAAAAUUUGAUAAGAGGCUGGAAAUUCUAAGACGGUGCAUUUAUAAUGCCGGUUGGACAGAGGAAGCUUAUGCUUGUGCCCAAAACACGGAGGAGUGAAGUGGAAUCCCUGUCAGAAGAAGCUAAUACUAAAGUGGAUAAAGGCGAUGAGGCCGAGCUUCAAGCCACAUGGGGCGAUAGCACUGACAGAAUGGACAGCAGGAUUACAACUGAGGUUCUCAAAAGACUGGAGGCGCUGUUCGACAAAAAAGACUGAUCCACCUUUUGCAAAGGCUAGAGGCGUGUGCUGCUGACAUCUCAAAAAUUGAAUAACGAAUGACUGAAGCAGAUGCUCACGUAUUAAUCUCAGGAAUUCUACCUGGUUAGGUUGUGAGCCAGAAGGAUUCCCUUUGCCAUGUUCUACCCAGCGGUCCUCCGUGGCGGUGAAAUUUUUCAACCAACCAUGGAAUGUUAAGGCUCUCCUGAACAGCUUGCAGGUGAAGGCUUCACCUACGUUGUCUCGUCCUCCAGGGGAGCUGUCGACUUCUAAUUGAGGUGGACGAGAAGCUGCCAAUAGUCAAUGUAAUGUUUGAAGGCUAAAGUUUAGUAUAACUUUUGAUGCAGUAGUAAAUUUGUUGUUAAUGGCUAUGUUGUUACCUUCAAAGUUGGUAUUCUUAGCUUUUAAAUGCCUGUGGGAGUUAAAUGGGGCUCUAUAUGGGUUGAAAACAAGGUUACCAGGUACUGUGCUGUUGGUUAUUUGUUCUCUCUUACUUUGUAUUUUGCUUAGUGAAAUGUUUUAGUUUGUAUUAUUGCAGCUGUGAGGCACUCGCUAUGUUUUUGUUCAUAUAUUAUGGCAAACAACGUGUUUUGUUUCUUACUCUGUAUUGUGCUCUAACAUUGUUUUGUGUUUACUUUCUUUACACGGGAGCUUGUGUCACUGAUUUUAAAAUUGAACAGGAGAAGUCGAUAUAUUUGUUAGACAAAGUUAUAACUAGUGGAUGAUGAGCCAAGACUUACUUUUUGUUCUUGGAAUGAAAGAGGUAUACACAACCCAAUUAAGAGAAAAAAGAUACUGCCUUUUCUUAAGAAAAGGGAUUCACAGCUCUCUUACAGGAAACUCAUCUCUCUGCUUAUAAACAUUUAAAGCUGAAGCAGGACCUGGCGAGUGUUGCACCCAAACGAUAGAGUUUACAUUUUCCUCAGCUGUUCAUAGGUCCAGUAGUAGAAUUGAUUUCAUGUUAACACCUAAGGUCUCACUGCAAAAGGUUCAUAGCUGUACUAUAGGGUCGUUCUUAUUCCAGAUUAUGCAUCUGUUAUUAGAAAUGUUCAUCUCUAUAAAAUGAUUAGUCAGAACAAAUUUAACCCAUUUUUUGUUACAUGACUUUAAUUUCAAGAAAUAUAUGAAUGAAGAGCUUGGGCACUUUCUCAAAGAGAAUAGUACGCCGGGUGUCAUACCUAAUCUCUUGUGGGAUACAGCGAAGGCUUACAUUCGGGGUAUGGUUAUAGCAUAUGCAGCCAAUCAGAGUAGGAGGAGCAGAGUAGAGCAAAGGAAACUGGAAUUAAAACUACAUGAUUUACAGCAGAGAUUUAACAGAUGAUGAGCUGUUGAGUAAAUUACAGACUAUGAACGCCUCGUUAGAGGCAGUAGGAACAAAGAAAGCAGAGAAAUCAAUUUUCUUUGCCACGCAGCAAAUGCACAAGUUUGCAAAUAAGCCUAAUUGGUACCUAGAUAAUCUUUUAAAAAUAGGUCUCAUAAUCAAAGUAUAUCUGGGAUUAAGGACUUAAGCAUCCCUAAGCAUUCAGUUAAAGAAAUAAAUGAUCAUUUUAAGGGUUUUUUUUUUUUACAAGCAACUACACACUUCCCAAUUAAAGACAGACUCAACUGAAAAGUAUGAAGAAGUAAAAAAACUUCAUUUUUACCGUUUCCAGUAUUUCACUGUGCAACCUGAACAAACUCAAGUUCUUAUGUGAAGAUUUCAUGAAGGCUGAACACAAAGUACACAGACACAAAAAGCCCAGAUUGAAGCAGGGAUUGAAAACGGCUGCAUUUCAAGUCUUUUCACCAGGGAAAAUUGUUUGGUGGCAUCUAUGGGUCCCUUCAGACAGCAACAGUCCUAAACAAUUGUAUUCCAGAUUUUUUUUCAUUCACCCAAUCACUUUUGAAAUGAGCAGAAUACGUAUAAACACAUACAUUAUAAACACAUCUGAUUUCAUAGUUCACCCAGUGUCAAUAUGAAUGCUCAGUUAAAGCUUACAUUCUGUAUUUUAAUGUCAUUGGUUCACUUAUAACUAUAGUAAGUUGACAUACAUUCCCUUUUAAAUAAAUUCUUCACGGUAGGACUGAAUAAUUUGGGUAAAGUAUCUAAUGUUGAUUUCUUACAAAUAUUCUGACAUCAAUUGAUUGUUUUUAUAUAAAUUGAGAUGCAGCCUUUUUUUCCUUUUUAUCAUUGUUUAUUAUUUUUAUUAUUUAUUAAUUAAUUUAUUUAUUUAGUCCAAGAAGACCGUGUCCAUUUUUUCUACAUGCUGCACAUGGGUGUUCAUACUAUAAGGUAAUAUUUAAGAAAUGUGCAGAGCAGCAAUGAAGAUGUAAUGUAACUGUGAAUGGUCUAGGGGUAAGAGAUCUGCAAAGACAGCAAUUAAAGCCACAGUGACAAAUGUCUGUCAAAUUAUUUACCUGAAGGGAAGUUGCUUCCGUUACUGUGUCAGUUUUCAGGAAUGCCCCCCAGAGCACCCCCUGAUAUACAAGCAUGCAGGCUCUGCAGUCCACAUACAGAGCUAUCAGUUCUAUUCAUUUGGUCAACAUGGCCCUGCACUUCAUGCUACAGCAUCUCAACAGUGCUGGAACCUAUUCAAGUGUUCCAUUUGUGGAUUUCAGCUCAGCAACGUCAUAGCACCAGAGCUGCUGCAGAUCAAACUGCUGCUGCAGUCUGUCAUGGAUCAUGGAUUUUGUGACAAACAGGAGACAGGAAAACACACAUCGGACCUCCGGACCCCAAAUACUGGAGUUUCACAAGGUUGUGCGCCCUCACCCCUUUUCUUCAUUCUGUGCACCUACAACUGUGUCAAGGAACCAACUGUGAAGAUCUUUAAGUUGGCAGACCACAGCACUAUGGUGGGCCCCACAGACAGCAGUGAUGAAUCGAGCAGCUGGCCUCCUGGUGCAGCAGCAACAACCUACUGCUGAACCUGAAAGACUGUAGAGAUGGUGGUAGAUUUCUGCCGCCACUUUUAAUUUAUCUCAUGUUGGUUCUAAUUCAUGUAGAUGUCUAAACUUAAUAAAAAAAUCAGGAUUGAAAAUGCA